AUGUCCGUCAAGUUCCAAGAGGAGACCGUCCGCACCGUCACGGGCGGCGGCAAGUCUGAAGACCUCGUGCACCGUGUCGGUGAGCGAUUGACUGGUGGAAAGACAGCCUCUGGAUAUCUCCAGGCCUACCUCCUCCAGCUCCAGAAGAACCCGCUGCGCACCAAGAUGCUCACCUCUGGUGUGCUCUCCGGUCUGCAGGAGCUGCUGGCUUCAUGGAUCGCCCACGAUGUCGGCAAACACGGCCACUACUUCAGCUCGCGCAUCCCCAAGAUGUCGCUGUACGGAAUGUUUAUCAGCGCGCCCCUCGGCCACUUCCUCAUUGGCAUCUUGCAGAAGAUCUUCGCCGGCCGCACAAGUCUCAAGGCCAAGAUUCUUCAGAUCCUCGUUAGCAAUCUGAUUAUCUCCCCUAUCCAGAACAGCGUCUACUUGACCUCCAUGGCUGUUAUCGCUGGUGCGCGCACCAUCCAUCAGGUUCGCGCUACCGUUAAGGCUGGCUUCAUGCCCGUCAUGAAGAAGUUCCUCCCCGAGCACACCUGGGUGCCCUUCUUCAACAUUGUCGGCUUCUUUAUUGGAACCUAUGUCAACACCCACACCAAGAAGAAGCGUCUCGAAGCUCUCCGGAAGCGUUACGACCAGCGCCGCGACCCUGGCUACGAGAAGCGCGACUUCCCUUAA